AACUGACCCAUUAAGUGAAGUUUUUUAACCCGUUCUACACCUCAAUAACCACACCGAAAGUCAAAUUCUGUCGUGUUGAAACUGAAACCAUGGACCAGUUCUGUGGAAAAUCCAGGAAAUAAAUGAUAUAAAUAACCCACUACCUUAAAUUAUUGUCCAUAAAUGCAUCUGAUUGUCACUCAUUUAACAGCAAAAAGCCUUUGAAUCCCAAGGAGAGUGACCAUGGCUAUUCUUCAAACUUCUUCACCAUUUGUCUCUUACUGUUCUUCCUCAGCUUCCCUUAGAAAAACCAGAGCCACUCUAUAUAACCCAAAUGUUUCAGUUCGAAAGCCCCUGAUCAAUGAUGAGUUUAACCAAAGAAAAGGGUUGAUAACCUUCAAAACAACCAAUCCCCUGAUAGAAAUUAAGCUUAAACUUGAAAAUAACGGCGCAAACAAGGAAGAAAUCUCCAAUUCAAUGGUUUUGCAAGAGACGUAUGCUAUAAUGGAUAUUGUAGCAGGUAGAGUUGAAAUGCACAAGAAUAUUGGAGCACAGCGUGAUAACUGGAACAGGCUUCUAUUGAAUUCUGUCAAUGGAAUGACAACCACAGCUGCAACAAUGGCUGGAAUUGCAGCUGUUAAUGGAAGUGGAGCAUCAUUUAUGGCUCUGAAGCUAUCUUCCAGUUUGCUUUACAUGGCAGCAACCGGGGUUUUGCUGGUGAUGAAUAAGAUACAGCCUUCUCAGCUGGCUGAAGAACAAAGAAAUGCUUCAAGAUUGUUUAAGAAGCUUCACGAGGAGAUAAAGACAAACAUUGCUAUUGGAAACCCAGAUUGGGAUGAUGUGAAAGCUGCAAUGGAGAAAGUCUUGGCAUUGGAUGAAGCUUAUCCACUUCCCUUACUUGGAACCAUGCUUGAUAAAUUUCCAUCACUUGUACAACCAGCUGUGUGGUGGCCAGAAGAGAGGAGUACUCAACAGGAAAAGCUUGUCAGGAAAGUUGAAAAAAAUGGGUGGAAUGAGAAUCUUGAAGAAGAAAUGAAAGAAAUUGUUGGGAUUGUGAAGAGAAAAGACACUGAAGAAUAUAUGAGACUAAGUAAACUAGUCUUGAAAAUCAAUAAAAUCCUAGCCAUAUCUGGCCCCUUGUUCACUGGCAUAGCUGCAGUUGGUUCUGCCUUGAUGGGAUCAUCUUUCUAUGGCUCAUUUGCUGCAAUUCUCAGUGUAGUUUUUGGAGCUAUGGCCGUUGUCGCUAACAGUUUGGAGCAUGGUGGGCAGAUAGGGAUGGUGUUUGAAAUGUAUAGGAACUCUGCUGGAUUCUUGAGGUUCAUGGGAGAAACCAUAGAAUCAACCCUGGAAGAAGGAGAAGCAGAUGAGAGGGAAAAUGGGGAAUUAUUUGAAGUGAAGGUAGCUCUUCAGCUUGGAAGAAGUUUGUCAGAGCUCAGAGACCUAGCAGAUGAUGCAUCCCAUCCUCAUUCUUCAAUGAAGGAAGAGGAUGGAGAAGAGUUUGCAAGCAAGCUCCUUUGAUUCUUAUAUUUGAUCGUCAUUGGAUAUUUGCAUUAGUUGGGAAUUGAAGACUGAAAUCUCUGGUCAACCUUCUCAUUUCAUGUUCAUUUUACAGAUUGUGAUUGUACAAGUUUUGAUAAUGUAAUUAAACAAAAUCUAGUGAAUGGUCAAUUAGUUGUUAGGUUAAGAAGGUGGUUAUGGUCCAAAUCAACUCAAAAUUUACUUAUUAAUUAUGGAGAUCAAUUCUAUGUAUAGUCUUAUAUAGUAAUAUUAGGAUUGAGGACUUCUUUCCUUCUGAAAUAGUGUGAAUAAACUUCACAAUUUGGGUUCUCUUCAUCUCUUGAGUAUUUUAUAACUGACUAAUGAGCUUUAAUGAUUUGUUACUGGCCCAAGUUCCCCUCCAAGAAGGGAAAGGACUGGGACAGAAAUGAAUUAGAAUAUUAGUUGAAUGAAACCACCAUCUAAUGUCUAAACUCUUCUGAGUAAGGCGCUGCUUGUGGAUUUCUUAGAAACCCAAGUUUUGGAAAAGGCUUUGGGAGAGAUGGACAAUGCCCUAUCGCCUAUCCCAUUUAGAUAUUAUCAAUCUAUUAGUCGCCUUUUCAGUAAUGAGCUGGAUCUAGUGGACUUCUUUUAGCAGCUCAAGUUUCUUUAGGCAGAAAUGGACUGUGAUUUCACAAAAGCCCAAGUUUCCUUUGUGAGUUUGGAUAAUGGAGGAAAGGGUCAUGAGAGAUGGACUCUGCCUAGGCCCAUG